UCUGACACAUUGGUCUGGCUGGCUCCUGGGUUAAGCGUGCAUUGUGUCAAGAAGCAGUGCGGCUUGGCGGGGUUGUGUUUUUAUAAUAAUAAUAAUAAAGAAAAUAAAAAAUUAAAAUUAUAAUAAUACUUUGGCAGUAGGCUUCAUGUUCCAACUCAUUCUAUGUGUGUAUAUAUAUAUUUUAGCUCAAUAGGUAUGCUUAGGUAUGCAUAAAAAUAUACAUAUUUUUGUGCACACUGUAGAAUUAAACAUGUUUUGAAUGUGCCCCCUCAGAUAUUUGUGCCCCCGAAGACAUUUGGGGUGCAUGAUGCCGCUGAACCUUUGUAUUGUUAACACAAGCUCACCCAAGACACAAUGCAGACUACUUUUUGACAAGGGAAUAUUCACUGUGUAUGGAUUUGUAUUUGGCUCUGGUACGAGACUUUAUGUGACAGACAAUCACGUACGUAAACCCAAAGUGACCGUCUACCCAGCGUCCAACCCUGAGUCGAAUGGGAAGAUCACCCUGCUAUGUCUGGCUAGAGACAUGUUUCCAGACUUGGUCAAGAUCUCAUGGGAGAUGGAGGAUGAAUGCGGUCAAACAGUGGAGGUGUCCAAAGCAGAGACGGAACAGCUGGAGCAGAGGGAGGAAGGGCGGACGACCAGUAUGAUCAUCAUUGACAAAGACAAGACAUACAGGAACAAAUACAUCUGUUCUGUGGAGCAUGAAUGGGGCGCUCAAGAUAUUGACAUGCUAAAAGAUCGCUUCUGCUUCAUGUGCAGUCUGAACCUGGCCUCUCUGGUUUACACAGUGAUGAUAGUGAAGAGCAUGGUGUACUGCUGUGGGCUCUCUCUCCUGUUGCACCACAGGAACAUGGGGAAGUGGACACAACACCUGUAGAAAGGAUACCACCCAGUAUGGAUAAAGAUGUUGUAGGCUGGGAAUAACAUGGAUUUCACAUCCUAUUGAGGUCACUUGAAUAAAGGUUAAGUAAAGGUUGUUUGAAAAAUAAAAUCUUGAAGGUAGACCCUUACGAUUUAAAUGUAGACUAUUUUAUGAAAGUUGCCCUUGGGUAUCUGUUAUAGCUUAAAUAACUUUUUACAAAAUCUGUAUUUGAUUUAUACAAAAAUAUUAACCUAAGUAUUAUAUUUACCGAUACAUUAUUAAAUAUGUAGGGCCAUGAUAUCUAAAAGUCCUAUGUAACAUUAUCCAAUAUAAUAUUUAGUAACUUGUCGUGUGUAAUGAAGUGUUUUUAGCCCCAAUAAAUUUGUUUGUUUUCUAACAUAUUUCAUAUCAUAAUUCAAUAAUUUUGUUCAUGAACAUGAGUAAUAGAAAAUAAAUAUUUUAUAUUUUCUUUGAAGAACAAAAAUAAGUGCUUAUUGAGCAGACAAAGUGGUCUAUGAGUGAAUUUAUUCAUAGUUUUUUUACAUUGAUGUUGUUUACAUUGAUAGGUUUGUAUGAAGAGUAACAUUUUCCUGCGUAACACAUUAAUCAUGUCCUUUCAGAUGGGGAAGGGUUUAAUAAUCACUGCAUGAAAGAAAUGUUACAACAAACAUGGCCCUGCAAUGUAUUCUACAUACUGUAUUGUACUGUAUUGGGCUGUUUUGUAUGAUGAAAUUGUCACCAUAACAGAAAAAAAUAAAGGUUAGUUAAACCCCCCCCAAAAUUGUAUUUAUUUUCUAAAAGAUGAUCUAUUCUUAUUUGUGAAAAGUGUUUUAUUGAAUCUCUUCAGAAGCAGAGACAAUAAGAUCAUACUUUUUUUUCAAUCUUUUUGCUUCUAUCUGUGUGUUAAGACGCAGAUUUUGAGCCUAGACUCAAUACUGGUAGGAAAAUGUGGUCAAUAUAUUUAUUUGGUUUGGUGGAAACAAGAUAUAGCUGCAUAACCACAGCUAGAUUGUGUGAUGAGUUGUUGGUUAUUCAUUUUUACAUUUAGCGGAGGGUAAUUCUUAUUCAGAGUGACUAAAACCAAUAACAAACUCCUAAAAACCCUACACAGUACUGCUUCUUUGCAGUGGCGGUUCUAUCUUGUAUUGCUCCCCCUCUAUGUAAUUCUUGAACAAAUGUGGUGUUGUGUUGCAACAUGCACACAGGCUUGCCACUGUGAAAAAGUACUUGAUGCCUUGAACGGUAUACCUUAUUAUUUUACUGUAUUUAAUAAGAUAAUACUCCCUUUAGUGGAUUCAAUCUGAUUCUCUUUGUAUUGACAGUUUGUUAGCUACAUGAAGCAGAAUGUUUUCCCAGACAUCAACACUUGCUAAUGCCGACGAUGGUUGAAUUACUGAUUAUAGUGUAAACAUGCUCUGACCAUCUCCAAUUCAACAUCUGAUGCCAAAGUAGUCCUUUGUGGCUCAGAUAGUUGUGGGUUCGACAAUACUUAUU